AUGUCUUCAUCACUAUUUCUAAGACAGUUUUUAAUACAAUUUUUGUUUCUAACAUUUUUUCUUAUAUACGAGAUUGAAGCUAAAAAUUCUAGUUUCAUCCCAGAACCCAUUCAUAUAACAUUAGCUGAUCUACCAGAACCAUAUGCAACACCAUCGAAUGCUAAAGAUGCUAAUAUAACUUCUGUACCUGAAGAUCCUACUCUCUAUGUUCCCGAUGGAUUUACAGUUAAGUUAUAUAUGAGUGGACUUAAUAUGCCACGUUAUCUUACAUACACACCAUCAGGUGACAUAUUAGUUAGUGAACCAAGAAUGAAUCGAAUAUCAUGUUUGAUUGAUAAUGAUGGUGAUGGUUAUCCGGAUGAAUUGACUACAUUCGCAGAUGAAUCCAAUGGACUUUAUUUACCAUAUAGCAUGACUUUUGCUAAUGGAUAUUUUUAUGUCGCUAAUAGGAAUAUUACUCGUCGCUAUCAAUGGACAACUGGUAGUCGGCAAAUAUCUGGUUUAGGUGAGAUAGUAGCAACUUAUGAAGCACGUGGUCAUUGGACACGAACUGUUAUUGCAUCACCUGAUCUUGAUCGUAUUUAUAUUGGCAUUGGUUCAGCAACGAAUGUCGAUGCUGAUCCAUUACCAAGAGGUUCCGUUCAAGUAGCUGACAUUGAUGGUAGUAAUAUGGUUACAUUUUCUCAUGGUCUUCGAAAUCCUAUUGGCUUAGCUUUUCAUCCCAUUACGAAAGAGUUAUAUGUAGCAUGCCAAGAACGAGAUGAAUUAGGUGAUGAUCUUGUUCCAGAUUUCUUUACACGUAUCGAACAAAAUGAUUUCUAUGGGUGGCCUUUUGCUUAUUUGAGUCCAAAUUUAACAGAUCCUAGACGUCGUCUAGAAAAUGGAACAAGUGAACGACCUGAUCUAGUAGCAAUAACUCGAAUACCUGAUGUUCUUUUUCAAGCUCAUUCUGCUGUACUCGAUACAAAAUUUUAUACGGGUACUCAAUUUCCAACAAACUAUCAUAAUGGUGCUUUUGCUGCAUUGCAUGGUUCAUGGAAUAGAGAUAUUGGUACUGGCUACAAGAUUGUUUUUAUACCAUUCGAUCAUAUGACUAAUCGACCAAUGGGAUAUUAUGAAGAUUUUGUUACGGGAUUUCUUGUCAAACCAUCGGGACCUGAUACAUUUGCAACUCCCGUUGGGUUACUUGUAUUGAAAGAUGGUAGUCUUUUAUUUACUGAUGAUGGCAACAAUCGUAUCUAUCAAGUACAAUAUAAUAAUAACACAAUCGAUACAACAACUACUAAGAAUAGUAGUGCUCGUUUUGCUGUAGUAGAAUUAUUCAUUAUUUUUACUAUUUUCAUUUCACUUUUUUAUUCUCAAGAAUAA